AUGAAUGGAACGCAUGGAGGCUCGGGAGGAGGGUUGUUUGGUGGAAGUUGUGGCAAAGAUAACGGAGCCUCUGGAGCAGGAGGUUCAGGAUUUGUUUAUUCUAACCAAAAACCAAAUCAAAUAAAUGAAAUCAAAGAUAUUGAAAUACAAAAUGGCAAUUUAAGUUACGGAAUCAAUCGAGGAGAUGGAUUUGCACGAAUUACAUUAUUGUCACCUAUCAAAUUAACAGAUUAUCUUUAUAACCUAAGGAUUAAGAAAAUAAAUCAUCUUACUGCUAUAUUAAAAAGUAAAUCAAAUCAUAGCUCUUUUUGUUACCAGAUUUCGUUGUCGUUGUUCUUUGGCAGAAACUGCAUCCUAUCGUGGCCAAUCUUUUUCUUCAACCUGCUUCUGCAAUUAAACAGGAAACACUCACCAGCACUCGAAUUUUUAAAUGAAUCGAAUAUUUCAUGCGAUGAUGUAACGUCUGCAAAAAUUGCGCAAAAGCGAUUAUUUAAUAUUGAGUUUGCAUAUUUGUGCGUAUUUGAAAAAAUUUGGAGUUGA